AUGGGCUCCAUCAGUGCAGCAAAUGCAGAAUUUGCUUUUGAUGUAUUCAAAGAACUGAAAGUCCACCAUGCCAAUGACAACAUCUUCUACUCCCCCCUGAGCAUAAUUGCAGCCCUGGCCAUGGUUUACCUGGGAGCAAGAGGUAACACUGAGUAUCAGAUGGAGAAGGUUCUUCACUUUGACAAAAUUGCAGGACUUGGAGGAGCUAUUCAGACCAAGUGUGGCAAGUCUGUGAAUAUCCACAUACUGUUUAAAGAACUUCUUUCUGAUAUCACUGCACCAAAAGCCAAUUAUUCACUCCACGUUGCCAAUAGACUGUAUGCUGAAAAGACAUUUUCAAUCCUACCGAUUUACUUAAAAUGUGUGAAGAAACUGUACAGAGCAGGUCUGGAAAUGGUCAACUUCAAAACAGCAUCAGAUCAAGCCAGACAGCUCAUUAAUUCCUGGGUGGAAAAUCAGACAAACGGACAGAUCCAAGAUUUUCUUGAGCCACGCUCUGUUGGUCCAAAUACUCUGUUGGUCCUUGUGAAUGCCAUUUACUUCAAAGGGAUAUGGAAGACGGCGUUUAAAGAAGAAGACACUCGGGAAUUUCCCUUCAGCAUGACAAAGCAAGAAAGCAGACCUGUGCAAAUGAUGUGUCAGAACAGUACCUUCAAAGUGGGAGCGGUGCCUUCAGAGAAAAUUAAGAUCCUGGAGCUGCCCUAUGCCAGCGGAACGCUGAGCAUGUGGGUGCUGUUGCCUGAUGAAGUCUCUGGUCUGGAGCAGCUUGAGAAAAAAAUCAGCUUUGAAAAACUUACAGAGUGGACCAGCCCCAGCGUGAUGGAAAAGAAGAGGGUGAAAGUGUACCUCCCGCGCAUGAAGAUGGAGGAAAAAUACAACCUCACAGCUGUCUUAAAGGCCUUGGGUAUGACCGACCUGUUCAGCUCUUCAGCCGACCUGUCUGGCAUCUCUUCGGCAGAGAGCCUGAAGAUAUCUGAGGCCAUCCAUAAGGCAUUCAUGGAAGUCAAUGAAGAGGGCACUGAGAUGGCUGGCUCAGCAGGUGUGAUUGGAGUUGUCAAAUAUUCCCCUGAGUCUGAAGAGUUUAGGGCUGACCACCCUUUCCUUUUCUUCAUCAAACAUAAUCCAACCAACAGCAUCCUCUUCUUUGGUAGAUAUUGUUCUCCCUAA